AUCUCUGUCUGCAGCAGUAGAGGAAACUUGUAGCUGCAGAGUGAAGUUUGUCAGAAACAGGAGGAUCAUCAUCACUUCAUCACUCCGUGUUGCUCUGCAGCUUCUGGACUACUCUUGGAUCAUGAAGGAUCAGAACUUUAAGGAGGAGGUGGCGAAGAUUCUGGAAGAAGCUCCAAAUGCCAGAAAAGCUCUCCAAGAAAACUACGAAAACCUGCUGAAUGUGGCUGACUACUGCUACAACACCUACACACAGUCGGGUGACAACACCUUGAAGGCGCUGGAGGAAACUAAAAAGUUUACCACCCAGUCGCUGGCCAGUGUUGCGUAUCAGAUCAGCACCCUGGCCAACAGCGUCCUCAGUCUGCUUGACGCCCAGACCAAUCAGCUCCGUCAAAUGGAGUCCUCCAUUACUCUGAUUGGUCAGACUGUGGAAAUGCACAAAGAGAAAGUUUCUCGGCGGGAGAUCGGGGCCUUCACAACAGUCAGACGAGUUCCUCGCAACCAUAAGAUCAUUCCUCCAACCGGCGUGCAGCCCCGCCCACCAUACAGCCGCCAGCCAAUCAACUACCAGCAGCUGGACCAGCUGGGCCAUGGCAUUAAGGUCCCUGGGAAACAGCCAGAGAAAACGGGAACGAUCCGGAAACACGGAGCCUCCGUCAGGUCCAACAAAGCCCCAGAGCCGGUGCAGUGCCCAGUGGCGCCCCCUGCUGGAGGGUCCAGCUUUGGCAAAGCUGUGGCUCCGCCCACCAUCCCCACCACCUGGCAGGCCCCACCUGAGAGUGACAUCAUCACAACUUUGCUGGAUGAAGCUCCUCCUCCUCCUCCAGCUGACGAGUCGUGGGCUCAGGAGGGCGGGGUCAUCUCAGGCCUGCCCCCUCCUCCUCCUCCUCCUGGUUCCUCAGGAGUGAUGGUGGCUCCAACAGCUCCUCCUCCUCCACCUCCUCCUCCUCCUCCUGCCUCCUCAGGGGCUGUGAUCAAUCAAAGUGCGCCUCCUGCUCCUCCUCCACCACCACCUCCUCCUUCUGCAGGGGCUGUGAUCAACCACGGGGCUCCAGCUCCUCCUCCAAUCCCAGGCCCUAGCCUAGAAACAGUGGUGGAGGAGAACAGCCUCCCACCUCCUCCUCUGGAUGAUAAUGGCUUCCCACCAUUACCCAACGACGGCUCAGAUCUGCUGCCCCCACCACCUCCAACCCCCCAGGAAACAGACGUGACCCUCACAUCCAGGAGGAGUCGCCGCCGCCGCUCGCCUCCAACCACUCGCUCUGUCUCUCUGAGGGUCCGCUCAGGCCCCGCCUCUCGCUGCCGCUACACUCGCUCCCUCUUCCUGCCUGCCGUCCAGCCAUUCAUGAUCCCCCCUCCUCCUCCCUACCCUCCCCCCAACGCCCCCCAGGACCUCUCCAUCUCCUCCUCCUCCUUCACCCUGCUCUCUCGCUCCUCCUCCUCUUCACCUCGGCUUUGCGUGCCUGCUCGACUCGAACACCUGGAUCUUCAGGUCUUAGCCCCGCCCCCUCCUCUUCCAUUGGAUGAUGUUGGAUGUUUUGAUGACAUCAUGCCACCCCUCCCUCCUCCGGUGGACUAUGACACCAAUGUUCCGGCAGACUACCUGGAGAAAGUGGUGGCGCUGUACUCUUACGAGGCCUCAAAACCUGACGACCUCCAGCUCACCGAGGGGGACGUCAUCUACGUGAAACGUCGCCACGAUGACGGCUGGUGUGAGGGCGUCUGCAAUGGCCGCGAGGGCUUCUUCCCACAGAACUACGUCCAGUCAUGUGACUAGAUGAAGCCACGCCCCCUUUGUGUUGUUAUGGAGACUUAUAUUCUUUCCAUCCGUUUUAUUGUUGCAGGUGAUUUUUUUUAUUCCAACUUUAAGCAAGUAGAGUUCAGAGAUUAUCUUCUGUCUGACUGUAAAUAGAACAAUAAAGUUUAUUGCCUGAAA